AAGAACCGCCACCUUUGGACCAUGAUGUCAUGAACUUGACAAACAACCCAGUUCCCCACCGAGACAUUUCGCCAUAAUAGUUUGCGCCUCUCUGUUUAAAUACGACGUAACUUUUACUGAAAUGCAGCCGAAUAAGCGGCACGUUCUGCUUCUCUGGCUGCUUCUCUGCUCCAGUGUGGCAGAGGCGCUGGAGCCCAUCAGCACCACCAUCGCUGUGGGAAUGGCUGCGGCUCUCACCGGGAUUUUAGCGAGAUACCAGAACAUAUUCUUCUAUUUCCACGAGUGCUGCCGACCCGAAUGGAUAUCCUUCAAUAAAACAAGGCUGAAGAGCGACCUGGACAGCAAGCUCUUCGGACAGCACAUCGCGUCCCGCAUAAUUUUAAAAGCUGUAAACGGCUUCAUGAGCAACAACAACCCGAAGAAGCCCCUGGUGCUGUCUCUUCACGGAUGGACUGGCACCGGGAAGAACUUUGUGAGCAAGCUUAUCGCUGAAAGCGUUUACGUUGAAGGGAUGCAUAGCCGCUUUGUCCACGUGUUUACUUCCACCCUUCACUUCCCACAUGCAGAACAGAUUGCUACCUACAAGUCACAGUUACAGCAGUGGAUUAGAGGCAACGUGACCAACUGUGAGCGCUCCAUGUUCAUCUUUGAUGAGAUGGAUAAAAUGCACCCAGGCUUGAUUGACGGGAUAAAGCCAUACCUCGACUACUAUGAGAAGCUGGAUGGAGCUUCUUAUCGGAAAUCCAUCUUUGUCUUCCUCAGCAAUGCAGGAGGAGAUGGUAUCAUCGAAACGGCUCUAGAUUUCUGGAGAGAGGGAAAACAACGAGAAGAGAUCGAGCUCAAAGACCUGGAAAUGGCGCUUUCUCUGUCGGUGUUCAACAAUAACAAAAGCGGCUUCUUUCGCUCAACUUUGAUCGACAAGAACCUGGUGGAUUUCUUUGUUCCCUUCCUGCCUCUGGAGUACAAACAUGUGGUCCAGUGCGUCCUGGCCGAGAUGAAAGCCAGAAACAUUCCUCUGAACCACGAUGUGGCAGACAAGGUGGCCCAAGAUCUGGUCUAUUUCCCUAAAUCUGAGAGAGUGUUCUCUGUCAAAGGCUGUAAAACGAUAGAGAGCAAGCUGGACUUCUACAUAUAAUGUGAGCAUCCGAAGGACAUGAGGAAGAGUCACUACGAGCACUUUUUAAAUGACAAGAACCCUGCAGACAUUUGACUCCAAUCAGGAGGCCAGUCUGGCUGAAGAGUUUUAUGGAGGUUUCUCUGUCUGACUUUGUGGCCAUCAAGAUAUCAGGAGGCCUUUUUCCACUUACACUGAACGCAGAGCUCAACGCCAGCUGAAUAAAAUCACCAAAUGAUUGGAAAGUGAUGCUUUGUCGCUGGUUAAAGAGCCUUAUCAAUGUUUUUUAUGCACCCAGCCUCUGAUGUCUUCCUGUCAGGGGAACCUUUUCCCUUUGGAGUUGUUCUUCAUCUCUGUGUUAAUGUGGAUGGGGCCACAGGAACUAACUGCCUUAAAUUGUAAUUUCCAUUUUUAGUAGAAGGAUUAAGCAUCCAGUGCAGUUUGUUUACCAUAAGCAGCCAUAGUUUCUGUUGUGAGGGCAACGAGGCUGUUUAGAGAAAAGCAUUUGUUAAAAAGACAAACACCUUAUUUCUUCUAUUUUACUGUUAAAUCUUACCCAAAAAAAUGCCAUAACUAUGAGUAAAAUAUGUCUGAAAGGAUUUAUUUUCCACUGUCUUUAAAAAACACAAAGUCUAUUUGUGGGCUCAGUGUUUCCCAAUCAGAGCACAGCAGUGUUUUACCCAAAGGGUAAGCACAGCCUCGGUAAAACGCCAGGAUUUUGUAAAGCCGCAACAUAAUUAUCAGAAAAAACUGCUUGGAAUCGAGUCUUAAAUAAAUGAACUGAUCUUAUAAACCGUGCAGCUUGCUGUUGAAUGUUUUAGGUGGCAAAGCUUUAGAAGUUUUUCAUUAAUAUCUUGUUGAGAUGGAAAUAUUUCCCAGUAUGAACAAAUUUUUUCCAUCAAGAUUAGCUUUCCUAACAUCAUGCAGCCCGAAUGUAUGAAUCCUGAAAAAUAAAGCAAUAAGGAAAAGGAGAAAAAAAAGCCAGUUUAGCCUACUUUGAUGAUCCUUUAAAUUAAACCUUUUCAACAUAUUGAUUUGUAAAGUCUGCCCUCUUUAAUUUGGCAAAGUUCCACCAACUCUUAUCAGGGUUUGACAGCAGCACUCAGUGACUCCACAGAUUUCUUGAACUUUAACCAAAUUAUAAGUCCUUUCUUUGUGAGUUUGGAUGUGUCACCUCAAGGCAAACAUUCAAUCAAAACAUGAGCUUGUUAAGUUUUACAGAAAAAAAGUUACUACAGCUUUUUAUGUUUCCAUUUUUCCCCCUUUUAAGUAUUUUUUUAGAUUAUUUAAAAAAAUAAAAUUGUUCUCAAAAGGAUUUCUUAUAAUUUAACAUGAUCCAAAACAAACAAUGGUGUGUAUGCGUUUUAGAGAGACUGUAUUGUACUUUUAAAUGGGUUGACAGAAGAAUGAGCUCCAAAAGUAUGUUUUCCUGUUUGACUGCCAAAUAUAACCUCUGAAUGUGAAGGCAAACUGCUGCAGCACAUAGAAAGCUCUCUGAUUAUAAACAAAACCUCCCUAAUAAUAAAGGUGAUUUGUUGAAA